GGAUGGUGUAAGGUUAUGAAUAUGAAUCACAUAAUACCAAUAAGUUAUUUAAAUAUACAAAUAGAGUUGUUUCAGUUGUUGAUGUUUGAUAUUUUCAUGUUGUGAUAUAUUGACUAAAUCGGGAGAAAAAACGACUAUGCACAGUAUCAAAAACUUCGUGAAAUUCAGAGAAUUUAGUUCAAUAUACAUUAGUUUUUCUACAAAGUCUCUGUCCAAACCUACAGAUAUCACAUUAUUGGACAAAACUUAUGCUAUUGAUUCAUAUAGCAACCUGACAGACAAAAUUUGCAGUUAUAUCGGAAAAAAUAUCUACUUACAACAGUAUCAUCCCCUGAAUCUGGUUCGUCAAAGGAUUAUCAAAUAUUUUUAUAAAUCGUUUGUCAAUCGACGAAAAAAUCCUGUAUUUUCAGUACAUGAAAAUUUGCCACCAGUUGUAAGUAUUGCUCAGAACUUUGAUAACUUGCUCAUACCGGAAGAUCACCCAUCUAGAUCGAAAAGUGACUGUUACUAUGUCAACAAAAACUAUUUGCUCAGGGCCCAUAUGACUGCUCAUCAAAGCGAGCUGAUAAAAGCUGGCUUGAACAAUUUUUUAAUGGUCGGCGACGUAUACCGAAGAGAUGAAAUUGACAAGACUCACUAUCCCAUAUUUCAUCAAGUGGAUGUUGUAAGACUGAGAACAAGAGAUCAGAUCUUCCUUAAAGAUGAAAAUUUGCAAAUAUUUGAAGAGGGAAGUAACACUGCAUUUAAUGAAAAUCAGGACAAACAAGCUUGCCACAGUCUAGAAGCUGUAAAACUGAUGGAACAUGAGUUAAAAGGCACGUUGGUAGGACUUGCACGUCAUUUGUUUGGGGAACACGUUAAGUACAGGUGGAUAAAUGCUGUCUUUCCAUUUACUCUUCCAUCAUGGGAAUUGGAAAUUUAUCAUAAUGAUGACUGGAUGGAAAUGCUAGGUUGCGGGAUAAUGAGGCAACCAAUUUUAACCAAUGCUGGAGUCAAUGAUAGAAUAGGUUGGGCAUUAGGUUUAGGACUGGAGCGACUAGCUAUGUGUUUAUAUAAUAUUCCCGAUAUCAGGUUAUUUUGGUCUAAAGACAGUGGAUUUUUAAACCAAUUCAAAACUGAAAAUAUCGAUGAUAGCAUUACCUACACCCCUAUCAGUAAUUUUCCUCAAUGUGUUAAUGACAUGAGUUUUUGGCUUCCUGAAGGAGGAAAUUUUUGUAGCAAUGAUUUUUAUGAUCUUGCAAGGACCAUUGGUGGUGAUUUAAUAGAGCAGAUUGAAUUGGUGGAUACUUUUACUAACCCAAAAACAGGUAGAAUUAGCCAUUGUUACCGACUUACCUACAGGCAUAUGGAGAAGACUCUUACACAAGCUGAGGUGAAUGUCAUUCAUAAAAAUAUUGAAAAUGGAAUUAAAGAACUUGGAUGUAUUGUUAGAUAAUAUAUCUCGAAUCAUUUACAUUUGUAAAUAAAAGUGAAUUCAAUUGAU